AUGAUAUGUCGUAAGCCCUACAACUGGGACUAUGAAUUUGGAGGUUACUGGUGGGACAGGAGGUAUCGCCCCCAUCCAAACACUCGCGGCAAAGCAACUAUCUGUAAGAAGAUGGCGGGCCAAUGUGUGGAUGUAAAGGUGGAGGACAAACCACAGACGGUGGAGUUUAGGUUUUGUGUGACUCCUGCAGACAAUGGAACAGUUUAUCUGUGCCAGGGUGGAUACGUUACCUACCGACUGAUCAUCUAUGUCAAAGAGCGUCCACCUCCACCCAAACCCAUCGGACCUGCUCCGUCCCGUCCACCAAGCAUCAACACUAACUUGGUCAUUGUGGUCAUCGUGACCAUCAUCAUCCUGCUCAUGCUCAGCUUCGCCAUUGGUAUCAACCACUGUAAGGCUCGGAACCUCCGUCAGUGGUAUCGAACGCUGUUUGCCAGACGAGCGCCGCUGUCAGCCGUUGACGCCCACGCCAACAUGUACGCCAAUGCCAUCGCCCAGUACUACAGCCAGCAGCGUAGUGCCAUAGCCUCGCCCACCGCCGGAGGAAACACCGAGGAAUCUUCAAGCAGCUCCGAUGAUGAGUUCGAGGAGCUUCCUGUUCCACUGAACAUCAACAAAGACAAGAACGAGUAUGUGAUGGUGAAAGUGCGCGAAGCGGGAAAGUUUCUGCCUAAGAUGAGCCGCGUGAAGGGCGUGGGUGUGAAAAUGAUGUCAAUUGGCCACGUGAAGCUGCAUGGAGCACGCUGA